AUGGCAGAACUUAAAAAACUAACAGGCAAUGAAUCGGUAAUGUUGGCACCAAUUAGAGAUCAGUUGAAAUUACGUGUUCGGGAAUACGAUGGAAACGAUCAGAAGUAUGACGAAAAUGCAAUUCAUCUGCCUAGUAGUAAUAACUACGGUUAUCAAAUAGAAUGGAUGGGAAAAUGGAUCCGAGUGUACCGUCCAGAUGUCGCUUGCACCAACGGAAUAAUCCACGUUAUUGACGACGUUCUCUUAAUGCCGGAAGAUGUCACCGUGAGCGGAGCUUCAUUACUAACGAUCACUCCUCAUAUUUUAACGAUUAUAUUUGCUAAAUGGUUUUUAUAA